GGACGAAGAGAACCCUCUUGCAACGCUUGGACAGACUAAGAAAAGCACCCGCAAAAGCAUAGAAUCACGCAGAACCGCUGCUCUUACAAAGAUAAAAGAAAAUGUCCGCUGAGGCCCCGGCAACUUCGGCCCCUGUGGAGGCGGCCGUCGCCUCGGCAGCGGUGGAGCUGAAGCCGAAGAACACGCACCGCCUCAACCGCAUUCUGCGCAAGCCGAAGGCGUCGCUGCCGCCGCGCAAGUGGCACGUGGAGGAAGAUGGCGCGACUCGCACGGUGGGCGUUCCUGCCAGCGUCGUGCGCAAGCUGGUCGAGGGCCUGACGGAGGAGGAGCGGCAGCGCGCCGCGGCCGGCCUCGACCCUCUGUCAGCCACGCAGGAGGCGCUGGUUCGCCGUGCGGCCCGCUUCGGCUUGAACAUCAACAGCAACGUCGCCGCAGCUCCUGCGCUGCCGGCCCCCACCUUUGUGGUGGAUGCGGAGACGCUGCGCCGUCGCGAGGAGCGCUUCAAGCAGGCGGCCCCGGCACCGCAGUAG